AUGGCAAGCGAUAUUAUCUAUCUGAAGGCUUUGGAUCAGCCGAUCGUUGUCCUGAACUCGUUCGAGGAUGUGGUUGCACUUCUGGAGAAGAAGUCGGCGGCGAACUCGAGCCGAGCCCAACUCCCUGCUCAUGACAUCAUGGAAGCUAGCUGGGCAUUCACAUUCACGACCUAUGGCCCGCAAUGGAGGGCCCGUCGUCGAGCCUUCCAUCAAUAUCUCAAUCAAGGGCGAAUCCCAGACUAUCACCCAAUCAUCCAACAAGAAACAGCCACCUUUCUACGCGCCCUCCUCGAACAACCGGAUGACUUUAUGGCCGAGAUGCGAUCGCUGUUCUCGCACAUCAUCAUGCGCAUCGCAUACGGUGCCAAAGACUUCGAGUACAACAACCAAAUCAUUCGUGACGCUGAGGCCAUCGUCGACAGGCUUCUCGUUUCAAUGACCCCGGGAAGGUUUCUCGUCAAUGUUAUUCCAGCGCUGAAAUGGGUACCUGCUUGGUUUCCUGGUGCCGGAUGGAAGCGAUUCCUACUGGAAGGCCUUGAAUUGACCGAGCGUGCUCUUGAGACGCCCUUCAGGGAUGCUAGUGAGCGUCUGGGCUCAGAAGGUACACAUGACGAGACGCCGAGUAUUGUUCAGGGAUUAGUGAAUCGACUGCCACCAAAGGAUGAUCCAACAUACCCUGAGAUGGAACGAAUGGCGAAAGAUGUAUCCGCUACAGCAUACGCCGCUGGUUCUGAUACCACUGUCAGCUCGGCGCAUGCACUGAUCCUGGCACUCGCUAUGCACCCCGAUGUUCAGCGCAAGAUAAAAGAAGAGAUCGACAGCAUUGUCGACACAACUAAACAGCUUCCCAGCUUUGGCGACCUUAAAGAAAUGCAUUACCUUCAGGCCGUCACAAAGGAGGUCAAUCGGUGGUACAACGUCCUUCCCUUGGCCGUCCCUCACCUAUCGAUGGAGGACCAGGAAUACAAGGGCUAUUUCUUCCCCAAAGGAACAGCUUUCCAACCAAAUACAUGGGCCAUCCUUCACGAUCCAAACGUCUUUGAAAGCCCAUACGAGUUUAAUCCCGAAAGGUAUUUGAAGAAUGGCCGCCUCGAUACCACGCUCUUGGAUCCCGAUUUAGCUGCAUUUGGCUAUGGUCGUCGAAUUUGUCCUGGUCGUCACCUAAGUCACGAUUCACUCCUUUACAUGGCAGCGACCGUUCUCUCAGUCUUUGAUAUUCGCGCACCAAAGGAUGGUGAACCUCUCAAACUCGAGGCCACACCAGAGACCAUGUCGAAAAUCGUCCCGUUCAAAUGCGAGAUCACCCCUCGCUCUGAGAAGCACACUGCUCUGCUCCAGCUCCCCAUUUGCCAUCGCCCAAUGACGUCUCCGCACGCUCCGCCUACGGACCUGCAGACGGUGGUCGACUCUGAAGUCAAGUACACACUCCUCUUGCCUAUCACCUCGAAACUACUGAUUAGCCUUGAUCCUGGAAUUCAGGGAAUGGCACUUCCUGACCACGAUACCCGAGUGGCCUGGAUUGGGCCUUCAUACCCGCUGGACCUCUCAACACUCCCAGUCGAAAGCGAAGAGAUUCCCAUCCAAUAUCCGAGUCUCAAACUAGGCUAUUCGGCGACACCGACAUUGACCCUGGAGCAGCGCCUGAAGAUUGGUGAUGCUGUAGAGUCGAAGCUCAAGAACGAGAAAGAGGCUGCACCGGCGCCUCCCCGGGAAUAA